GGGCCACACGGAGGAAGCCAAGCCGCUCGUGAAGCGACACCAAGCAAAACAAAAGCGAUCAAACAAAACAUUUUAGGAUUAAAUUUAGUAGCUGGUUUGGUGGUGAUGUCGGGUUUUCCGUCUUCUUCCUCCAAGAGUUUAACUUCAACUCCCCUCAAAUCCAAACCAAGCGUCCUGCAGCGCAGCAGGAGUGUUGAAUCCACCGGUGACUCCACCUCUUCUCUCCUGUCACCCAUCUAUCAUGACAGCUUUGAGUUGUCUGAUGAAGACCUGGACUGCGAUCACGCUCAGCCCGCUCACAACAUCACUGUCACUUUAAGUGAAGAUCUCGCUCGAGGAGAGGGAUCCAGGGAUGGAGUGAAUACAACAGAUCCUACAGAGAGAUCUUCUGCUGUUGAGUUUAAACUGAACGCCUGGGAGCAGUGGAUUAUUGAUAAAGCCCGAGAGGAACGUGAGAGGAAACUACAGAAAGCUCUGGAGGAUCUCACACUGAAGGAAAAGCAGGAACAGGAGAAGAAAGAUCAGCUGAAGAAGAAAGUCGCCAGAGAUUGUAAAAUUCAAGAAUGGCUGCAGAUGAAACGAGAGCAGGAAAAUAAGGAAAGGAUUUCCAAGGAGUUGCAGAAGAGCAAAGAACAACUUCUAGAGGAAAAAAGACGUGCAGAGAUUGAAAUCAAAGCACGGGAGAAAUAUAAAGAGUGGCUGAGAAAAAAGAAACAGGAGGAGAUGGAGAAGAAACUCAAGGAGAAGGAGGAGAUGGCCAGGAGAGAAAUGGAAGAGAGGGAACGUAAAGAAAAGGCGGAGGAGAGCUUUAAGGAAUGGCUGGACGUAGUAAAAACUAAAGGAAAAGUGAAGCCACCGUCUUCAGCAUGCUCAGCAAGCAAAUAUAACAACGUGAAUUAUCCAUCGCCGAGCUUCGUAAAUCCCAUUCCUUGGAAGCCCAUUCACAUUCCACCUCAGGACAGAACACCUAAGAAGAGUUUGAGGAGUAAAAAAACUCCUGGACCUCCAAAAACUCAGUCGACUCCGUGUCUCUCCUACAGACCUAAAGACACCAUCAGUUUCGCUUGCAAAAGGCGGUGAUGCUGGCAUCUACUGGUCUGAAAUCAGUAUUGCAUGUUUUAAAAGAUUGAUGUAACAA